GGCGCUUGAAGGAAACAACAGAACCCUAAGAAAGUCCCAGUGAGUGCUAACAUGGAGCCGGAGCGCUGUGUGAGUUUGUUCGUGUGCGUUCUGCUUGGUCUGGCCACAGCCAUGGCGGCGGACACAGAAUGCUUCCUCAUGAACAACACAAGCUGUGACAAAUGUCUACAGAAUGUCAAGUGCCUUUGGUGCAAUACAGAUUCCAAGUGUGUGGAUUAUCCAGUAAAGAAUGUUCUUCCUCCUUCCUCACUUUGUAAACUGCGGGAUGCCCGCUGGGGAGUCUGUUGGGUGAAUUUUGAAGCCAUGAUAAUCGCCAUGUCUGUUGUUGGCGGGAGCCUUAUUUUCGCUCUGAUCAUUUGCUGCUGCUGUUGCUGCAGGAAGAAGAAGCCAAGAAAUACUGGCCUGGAGGAUGAAAGAGAAGCAAGAGAAAAGGAGCAAAGGCGAACCCGUCAAGAAGAAAGGAGGGCUGAAAUGAAGACUCGCCAUGAUGAAAUAAGGAAAAAAUAUGGUUUAUUUAAAGAGGAUAACCCUUAUUCCAAAUUUGAGAGUUAGUUUCCUGGAUAUUGUCACCAAUCCGCCAGCUGAAGCAAGGACAGCUGAAAGUGUUCUUUAUGGAAUCAUUCCUGAUCUUUUGGCACCUUUAAACCCAGCGAUGCAAGUUUAACCAAAAGCUGCUCCGUUAUGUAUCCAUAGCAAUAAUUUAACCAGCUUGACCUAAAUCCUAACAUUUCUAAAAGGAUUUGAACUUAACACUACUUUGAAGAACAAUUUUUACCUUAGUAUUUUUUUCUAACUAAAGCUAUCUCACAGUGAUUUUUGUAUUUUCCUUUUGAACAUUGAAAACUUUCAUACAUGUUUAGCAGUAGCCAUAUAGCUGCCUUUUCAAAUAUUGCUUAAUGACCUGCUGUUUUGAUGAAACCGUAUGGGACUGCUUUAUAACUUACUACUAGAGCAGGUCAUUUCGCUGGCAGAAUUUGCCAUUGGUCUUGUGCUGUACUUUUAUUUGUUUCUUCCAUUUAGUUUGCCUUUAUCCCAAACCUAAUUGCAGGUAUUCUGCCCCACUAAAUUAUGAAAGGAGUCCUUGCACAACAAACUGUUAAAAGCUUUAGGGGUGACUGUAUACUCUGAGUGCCAAGACAUAAAGAAAAGUACAGCAUGUAUCUUGGGCAAUGGCGUAGGUGCUGAUUGCUUCUUAAAGUAGGGGGUAGUUGACAUGCCCAGGCUAUUCAUAUACUGUGAACAUAAUCUUUUAUCCUACAUUAUUGCCACCGUAUAUGUUUUGGGAAGUAGCAAAAGGACAUGUGAAAAAUAUAGUGCUUAUUUCACUUGCCAAAGAAACCUCAAAUAUUUUAGAGCUUAUGUGUAUGCCUUAGUGAGAUUUAGUUGCUGGGAAAAACGUGAGCAAAUAAUCCACGACAAGAUAAAAAGUUAUUUUUAUGUUUAAAACACUUCGGUAAGACUGAUGUUUUUUAAAUAUAUAUAUAUAUAUAAUAUAUAUAUAUAUAUAUAUAUAUAUAUAUAUAAUAUACACCUAUUAACUUUAAUUUCUUGGUGGCUUCCUCUUUCUAAAAAUAGAAAUAUACAACUAAUUGCCUCAUUUCAGAGCUUUAUUCAAAAAACCACCAACUGACAGGGUUACCUGUUCUAAGGAACACUUUGAAAGCCCAGGACACUAUGAAAGAAUCACAUUCCCCAAUAGAAGUGCCAUAGUCUAUUAACAGAAGUAGUGCCUUUCAAGAUUGCCUAAUUGUAAUUUUUAAUGCUUUUUUGCUAAAUAGAUAGCAUUGAAAAAAAACAUUACUUAUGUAUUAGUAAUGUUUACCGCCAUUUACUUUCCCUUUAAAUAAAUGGUAGAUGAUGACAGCAAAUGUUGUUAUAUGCUCAGUUACACCCACUCUAUCUAGAUUUGUUGCACCUUCAAAAAAAACCCACUUUCUAUUUACUGUUUAUUAAGGGUCUGUAAAUGGAAAAUGCAUACUACUCAAAUAGGGUACAGUUUCACUUUAAUACUAUACCACAAAAGGCCUAUAUUCAUACUAGUAACAAAUAUUGUACAUAGGUGACUUUUUUUGUGAAUCAUUACUGCAGUAAUGUUAUUGUAUCUAAAUCUGUUUCAUGGCAAUUUUUGUAACUUAUCCAAUAAAACCUUUAAAAGGUA